CCAGGCGCCACCAGACAUUUCACCAUUUCACUUCGGUUGUCAAUUUUAAGACCCGGUCUAUACUGGUCGUUGUACCCGUGUUUCAUCUGGUUCUCGAUCAGGAUGGUGCCCACCAGCGCCAACGAAGGUCCAACCACCCGGCAAUCUACCCGGCCCGUGGCGCCAUCGGCGUGUGAGGCAUGCAGGAAACUUAAGAUGCGGUGCACUCGGAACAACCCCCUCCACAACUCACCGUGCGAUCGCUGCAUGCGCAACCAUCGGCCCUGCCGGAUUCCUCCAGCGCGGCCUCUGGGACGCAGACCCGGGGCGGUGGGCCGCUUCCAAGGCAUCGAGAAAGCAUACCGGAAAAUCCAGGCAGAACUCAGGAAGGGACCGACCCUGAUGCCUAAGGCUGCCACGCCAUACAAUACCCAGUCAUCGAGCCCCAGCGUAUGCGAACCGGAUGAUGGGCCCAUUUCGGCCAAUCCCUUGAACAGUUCCUCCCAUCUUCCCUCCGAGGGGCUCCCGGAUGGCCCUUCCCAGCCCAUCAGCAAUCCCCUUGCUUUGCUAGCGGACGCAUCUGAGGCUGUGCAUGCGGAUGCCUCUCAAGCAUCAAAGGAUAAUACCCGUGAAGGAAGAGAGAGAGAGUUACUAUCUCGGUCCGGAUGCGUCUCGUUGGGUCUUCAGCUCAGUCGAGAGAGUCUGGAGACUGGUCUGGACACUCUCUUUGCUUCCUCGGUCAAGCCUGGGCGAAGCUCAGACUACUUCAAACCGCCCGAUCCCAGCGCUUUUCGCGACAUUGGACCUGAUCUUGACCCGGUAGAGCUAGGACUGGUGACCAUGGAAGAAGCUCACUUUUUCUUCCCGAUUUACUUUGCUCGACUGCACCCUGUCAACGGCAUCUUGGAUCCCUUACUGCAUACCCCGGAAUAUGUCCGGUCGCGGUCCGCUCUCCUCUUCACCUGGAUCUUGGCUCUUACCGCGCAGUUCGCGAGCACUCAGUCUUCAUUGGCAAAGCGACUUCAGUUGCAUGGAGAGAAGCUUUCCCGACAUGUGCACACCUGUGGCUUGAAAUCGGUGGAGAUCGUCCAGGGGUAUUACAUUUCCUUACUCUCCGCAACCCCAGCGAAGACAUUAGCCGAGGAGAGGACUUGGCUCUACACCAUGUAUGCAUUUGGGACCGCUGCUGAACUCGGGUUGGAUCAACACUCGCGGCCGCGCGGAAGGGUCUUCGUAACCUCCGGUGAAGACCAAGCCCAUGAUGCUGGGGUUCGCCUUGAAGAGCAAGACCUACAAUGCCCACCGGGCUUUGGCAAUGAACAUCACGCCGAGAGCACAUAUUACCAGCGGCUUACCAGAAACCGGGAACGCACUUGGUUUCGGAUAUUACUCUGGGAACGAGCAAACAGUGCUGCGCGUGGCCGCAUCAACCCUAUUCCCGACACGAAGCUCAUCGCGGGUAUUGAAACCUGGUGGAAACAUCCGGUAGCUGAUGCAGCCGACAAGCAUACGUGUGCUUUUAUCCUACUGCGCCGCCGUCUGGCUUCAAUCCAUGCCGAAUUACAGGCACACGCUGCCGCUCCACCGGAUGAUCCGCACUGGAUGAAAAGACUCGUUGACGAGAGGCUACAGAGGUGGUGCGACGAGUGGCUUCCCGUGCCAUACAAUGCAGCCAAACCGUCCGAGCAACUUGCCUCGAUAUUCCUCUACUAUGUGUACCUGCACAAUCGACUCUGGAUUCUGUCGUUUGCUCUUCAGGACUCGGAGAACCGCACCGGUAAUAGACACAUCGAGGCCAUCCGACAGGACUGUCUUCAAGCGGCGGUUCAUACCUGCGAGGUCGCAGUCCGCGACCUGCAGAUGGUCGGCGAGCCCCUGUAUUGCAUGCUCGCGCCCACGUGGGCGAUGAUCUCAUACGCUGCGGUCUUAGCACUGAAGCUCUUUCAUCAGGUGCAUGGUACUCAACCGGCAGGGGAUAUAGAGCUACUCGCCCUUUUGUCGCAGGUGGCUUUGCAGCUUGAGCGUGCCGGAACCACGCCGCCCCAUCGCUUUGGUAUCGCGGCCUUGCUGGGAGAACACCUUCUGGGCAUUCUUAGGACUAGGGCUGCAUUGACAAGAGGUGUUCAGCAGAGUGUGGUGGAAGAUUCCUUGCCGAGGUAUGAUUCAGGGCAUCCUGCUGCGGCACUACCGGAAGACUCGGGUAAUCUGGCUAUCUAUAAUGCGCAGGAACCAGUCUCCGACCCCUGGUUCACAGAUGCCUCAGCAGCGAUGAGCUACGACUUGACUGAGGAUAGUUUCGGUGAUAUGUUCCGGGAAAUUUUCGGUCCCGGCUUUGCGGAUUCCUUUUGAUCGCAUUUCCUGCCGAUGGGUGACAGCAUGCAGCUACUGCAUGAGAGAGUGCCAACCUUGCCACAAUAAUGCUUCAAAUCAAGCUAUGGCCUGUUUGGCUGCAAUUGAGUUUGCUUAGGCAGGUUUCAGGUGCGUAUUUGAGUUUGUCAAACCU